AAACUCAGUUUCCACGUCUCCAUCGAGCAUGACAUUUUGGACUUCCUCAUAGAUUUUCUGUUCCACCGUCAUUCCAGGAAGUUCCCAUGCGAGUGGACUAGGGAUCCUCUGAGGCUUUGCGAGAGCGUCCGAGAAUGUGCUUCUUAUAACAUUAGUGGUGAAAGUGUGUGCAGAACUGCAUUUUAGCUUGAUUCCUUAGUCAAUACCAGUGCGAAAGGCGUGAAAGUGGACGAUGGCGAGUCCGCGGACAAGAAGGGUGCUCCAGGACCUCCGGCCGAACGAUGGGAACACGAAGUGCUUCGAGUGCGGCACGCACAAUCCUCAAUGGGUGUCCGUGACUUAUGGCAUCUGGAUCUGCCUGGAGUGCUCAGGGAAGCACCGCGGUCUGGGUGUGCACCUGUCCUUCGUGCGCUCCGUCACUAUGGACAAGUGGAAGGACGUGGAGCUGGAGAAGAUGAAGGUGGGCGGCAACAGGAAGGCGCGAGAGUUCUUCGACACGCAGUCCGACUGGGAUGAGACGAUGCCCAUCCAGCAGCGCUACAACAGCCAGGCGGCGUCGCUCUAUCGCGACAAGAUUAACACUCUGGCCCAGGGAAAACCAUGGGAUGAAUCCAGCGCGGCCGCCAAGAGCACCACCACCACUUCUUCCCUAUCCUAUUCGCAUAGCGAGGGCGCAAUCUCAGCCAAUUCCGGCUACGAUUCCUACAGCUCGGGAGGCGGCUACCAGGACGGCGGCGGCGGCGGUGGGUAUCAGAACUUCAACUCGCAGGAGUUCAGGGACCAGAAGGAGUCCUUCUUCAGCAAGAAGCAGCAGGAGAAUGCCUCGAGACCAGAUCAUUUGCCGCCCAAUCAGGGUGGAAAGUAUUCCGGAUUUGGCUUCUCGCGAGAUCCUCCGCCCAAGAGUCAAUCGCAGGAGUUCUUCGACACGACCAUGUCGUCGCUGGCCAGCGGCUGGAGCCUGUUGUCGCUGGGCGCCACGAAGGUCGCCUCCACGGCCAAGGAGAAUGCGCUGAAGUAUGGAAGCCUGGCGUCGCAAAAGGUAGCCGAUGUGUCGAGUAGUGUGGGUGAAAAGAUGAAAGACGGAACACUUUUGAAUGAUGUUGGCGGUCAAGUUUCCACACUUGCCAAUAAGGUUGGCGAGCUGGGCAAGAAGAGCUGGACGACCAUCAGCAGCGGAGUGGCCUCGCCGCAGGACGGCUACACGUCGCCCGGCGAGGGCCAGAGUCGUCACGACGUCGACGGCUACCAGAGAUCGUCUUCGGUGAAUGGAAAGCAGGACAAUUGGGAGGGAAACUGGACGGAGGAUCGCUACAAUUGCAGUGCUUCUUAUCAGAACUCCGGCGACGCCGAAGAGUGGAAUGGCUUCGAGUCCGCCAGCGAGGCGCCGGAAGUGGCAAAGCCGGUGAAGAAGAGCCUGAAACCGUCGAAGCAGAAUCAAUGUGAUGACUUUUCUGCGCUGGACGUGAAGUCGAUGAAGCCAAAAAGUGGCCAAGAGUCCAAGAAGAAGAGCGAAGAUGAUUUCUGGGACAUGCUCAACAACUGAAGUCGCGCGCGCCCAUGAAUCGAGUAGAGGGAGAAUUGAGAAUUAUAAAUGAAUUUUAUUUAAAUGUUUUUAUCAAAUGGCGAGGAGAGAAAAUUAUAGGAAAAUAUAACUUGUAAAGUCUUGAGAAAAA